CUUGUGGAAAACACAUGGUAACUCAGAACAGUGGAACAAGGAUUGUAGGUGGAAGUGAUGCCAGAAGAGAAGCUUGGCCUUGGAUAGUUUCACUCCAUUUUAAUUCCAGACCUGUUUGUGGAGCUUCCCUUGUCAGUGAUGAAUGGCUGGUGACAGCAGCACACUGUGUAUAUGGGAGGCAAUUAAAACCAUCUCAAUGGAAAGCAGUUCUUGGCUUGUAUGACCAAUCAGAUACGACACAGCCUUCAACAGUAGCUCGAAAUAUCGAUCAAAUAGUUAUAAAUCCUCAUUACAUGAAGCGUACAAAAGAUAGUGAUAUUGCCCUCAUGCACCUUCAAUACAAAGUGCAAUACACAGAUUACAUACAACCUAUCUGCUUACCAGAAAAAAAUCAACAGUUUUUACCGGGAAUUAACUGCUCCAUUGCUGGCUGGGGUAGUAUUAUGAACGAAGGUCCCACUUCAGAUAUAUUGCAAGAAGCAGAGGUCCCUCUCAUUUCAAAUGAAAAAUGCCAACAAUGGAUGCCAGAAUAUAGUAUUACUGAGAAUAUGAUCUGUGCGGGAUAUGACAUAGGAGGAGUAGAUUCCUGUCAGGGAGAUUCAGGUGGCCCUCUGACAUUUGAAGAUGGUAACAAGUGGUUUUUGGUUGGUGUAACAUCAUUUGGCUAUGGGUGUGCACUUCCCAAACGACCAGGAGUGUAUGUUCGAGUCACCAUGUUUGCGGACUGGAUCAAAAAAAUCAUCUAUUAG